AUAAAAGCUAUGAUGUGUAAGUCAUACGAAAGUGGCGAAGACUGGAAACUAUCGCUAUUAAAUUUUCGAAAUACACCACUUUCUGGAGAAAAGUGGUCACCGGCGCAGCUUUUAAUGAGUCGUCGGUUAAAUACUCGUUUGCCCUCUGGAAAUACUCAGUUAAAACCUAAAACUGUUAAUCCGCAGUUAAUGUUAGACAAUCGUGCUGAACGAAUAAAACAAUAUAAGUCAUACUAUGACCGAGGAACUAAAAGUUUAAUACCAUUAUCUCAAAACGAUCCGGUUCGAAUGAAACAAAAUAAAAUAUGGGUCAAGUCUCGUAUUUUGCGUCCAGCACAAGAAAAACGAUCGUAUUGGGUACAAACUGAAAACGGUGGCGUUUAUAGACGUAAUAGGCAACAUUUGAUGAAAAUACCAAGUCGAGGAAACGAUGCCGAUCGAAUUAACAAUUGCCCUGGCUUGGAUUGGGAUAGUUUUAACUUCGCGCCAACGGGUAAUACCACUCCGGCCACGGAGCCGAACGUGGCGCGUUCACCGCGACCACCGCCUGCCCAUCGGGUAACAAGCAGUGGUCGAGUUGUACGAUCGCCCAUUCGUUUUGCCAGCGAAUAUAACUAUUAGGUAUCUAUCUUUGAACACGUUUUAAUGCUUUAUACUAUA